CAUACAUACUGUAAAAUCAUAUUUACAAUAUCUGGCAACAACAGAAUAUCUGGCAACCGCGCCAACCAUGUAGGCGGCGGCAUACCGCGACUCCGAGUAUCUGCAAGGAAAACUAAAGUUGAUUAUGAGCAAUGGCCUCAAAACAAGAGUUCUGCGAGCGAAUUCGUCAAAAUAAGGUCUUCCUCGUGGAUACUUUAUGUGAAGAAGCUGACGUCAUCGUGCAGCACGCACAGCAAGAAAAACUUAUAACUCAGCGCGAGUACAGGAACCUCAAAGAUGUCGGGAAGAGAGAGCAAAAGAUCAUCGAUCUGCUCGACAAACUCAUGAGCAAAGGAGAGGAAACCUGCUGCAAAUUCAUAGAGCUCUUAAGACAGGACAAUAUAGUGGAGACUUUUCCAAAUUUGAGGAUUCUUUUCGUUAUUGAACCUUCAAACCGGGACACCAGCUUGAAAUAUCCAAACCAGGAAACAUCAGUAGAGAUCAAGCAAUACCAAAUAUCGCAAAUUCCACGUGGUACCUGUGUAAUCAUCAACAAUGUACAAUUUGCAACCAUGAAUGACAGGCCUGGAUCAGAUAUGGACGAAAAGUCUCUUAACAAAGUUUUCAACUGGUUGGGAUUUCGUGUGGUGGUACACCGAAAUAAAACUGCAGCACAAAUGAAAGAUCUCCUGAUGGACCUUGGCCAGAAAGUAGAUGGCGACUGCUUCAUAUGCUGCCUCCUUAGCCACGGCAGCAAGGAAGGAGUCUAUGGAAUCGAUGGGGCCGUUGUUUCUGUUGAUGAAAUACGUGAACCUUUCAAUGGCAUUAACUGUAAGAGCCUAGCUGGAAAGCCCAAACUGUUUAUCAUACAAGCUUGUCGUGGGAUCAGAAGUCAAAACAUUGUGAAAGUCCAAGCAGAUGACCCGUCAGGAGAGGAGUCGGGGCUGGAGGUGGAUGCUGAGAGUUUUGAUGUCUCAAUUCCGGCUGACUCUGAUUUUCUCAUCGCCAGAUCAACCACCGAUGGUCACGUCUCUUAUAGAAGGGCAGAUACAGGCUCUUGGUUUAUUCAGUCACUUUGCCGGCAGCUAGAGAAACACUGUCCUCUGGGUACAGACAUCUACACAAUACUACUUUUUGUGAAAGAUGAGGUCAGCCAACAUGGGUUUAGUUGCAAACAAAUGCCUGUCCAUGAAGAUGCCAUGAGGAAGAAACUGAUUCUUCCUGUACCUAAUACACCGUGAAACAAUGAAGUCCAACAGUACAUGUAAUGCUUCUUAUGUCAUUCCAUUAAAUCAAGUUUUAUACAGUAAAUUAGAUUUUUUUCAUAAGUCAUGGACAAAAAUCUUGAAUUCCCUUAAAGGUGCAGUGUGUAAAUUUUUGCCGCAUCUAGUGGUGAGGUUGCGCAUUGCAACCAACGGCUCAGUCCACUGCUCACCCCUUGCUUUUGAAACACAUAGAGAAGCUGCGUUAGCCGCCACCAGACAUACAUGUCAUUGUCUGAGACAAUUUAGUAAAAAAGUUUGUCUGUUGAGGGCUUCUGGCACAAAAUGGCGACUUCCAUGUGAGGGGACUCUGUGUAUGUAGAUAAAAACAUCUCAUUCUAAGGUAAUAAAAACAUAACGGUUCAUUAUGAAAGGUCUUUAUACACCCCUGAUCAUAUAGUUUUGUAUAAUAUUUUGCAUUUAUGUCAAGAGAUCCUUCUAAAAAUUACACACUGCACCUUUAAUCCUAAAUGCAAGCCACAGAGGAUUUUUAUAUUCUUCUUAAAAAUAUGUCAUUUUUUUAAUGAGAACCAAAACUUUUCAAAAAGGUGCUAAGAUUAAAUAUUUCCAAUUGUUUUCACAAAUUACACAAACUGUUAAAAAUGUGAUUCUUGUUUUCUAUCCAUUUUAUUGUGGCCAGAUGACAUCUUGAUAACUGUAUUAUCAUGGUAUUAACUAGGAUUUGUUUGGUAAAUAAAACAUAUUAUCAGUCCAA